AUGGCUGCCAAUUACGAGUACGAUGAAGCUGCCGGCCACUAUGACGACCAGGCAGCUGCGCUCCGGCAGCAGGAAGUCGGAUACGAUCCAAACUUCGUUCCCGAUUCCGUGAAAUCCUUCGUCGUCCACCUAUACCGCCACAUCAGGGAGAAGAAUGUCUACGAGAUCCACCAGAUGUACGAGACUUCCUUCCAGACGCUGUCGGAGCGGCUCUUCAAGGAUACUCCUUGGCCUUCAGUCGACGCCGUGGCUCACUAUGUCGACAAUGACCAUGUUUUCUGUCUUCUUUAUCGCGAGAUGUGGUUCCGCCAUCUCUAUGCUCGCCUUUCCCCUACGCUUAAGCAGAGAAUCGACAGUUGGGACAAUUACUGCAGUCUCUUCCAGGUGGUGUUGCAUGGAGUGGUGAAUAUGCAGUUGCCCAAUCAGUGGCUGUGGGAUAUGGUGGAUGAGUUUGUCUACCAGUUCCAGAGCUUUUGCCAGUAUAGAGCUAAGAUGAAGAACAAGACUGAGCAGGAGAUUGCACUUCUGAGGCAAUUUGAUCAGGCGUGGAAUGUGUAUGGAGUGCUCAACUUCUUGCAAGCAUUGGUUGAAAAGUCGGCUAUUAUUCACAUUUUGGAGCAGGAAAAGGAAGGCCUUGAGCAGUUCACUGCCACUGAUGGUUAUGAUUAUAGUGGAGGAAGUAACGUUCUGAAGGUGUUGGGGUACUUCAGUAUGAUUGGUUUGUUGCGAGUUCACUGCCUUUUGGGAGAUUAUCAUACUGGCCUUAAGUGCUUACAACCUAUUGACAUAAGUCAACAAGGUGUUUACACCAGUGUUAUAGGAAGCCACAUCGCUACGAUAUAUCAUUAUGGUUUUGCAAGCCUGAUGUUGAGGAGGUAUGUGGAUGGUAUCCGUGAGUUCAACAAAAUUCUCUUGUACAUUUACAAGACCAAGCAAUAUCAUCAGAAGUCUCCACAGUAUGAACAGAUACUGAAGAAGAAUGAGCAAAUGUAUGCCCUGCUUGCAAUUUGCCUCUCAUUUUGCCCUCAAAUGAAGCUUGUCGAUGAAGCUGUGAAUGCUCAAUUGCGCGAGAAGUAUGGUGAAAAAAUGGGUAAAUUGCAAAGGUAUGAUGAUGAGGCAUAUGGUGACAAGAUGAACAGAAGGCAAAGGUUUGCUGAUGAGGCAUUUGGUAUCUAUGAUGAACUCUUCUCAUAUGCAUGCCCCAAAUUUAUUACCCCUUCAGCUCCAAGUUUUAAUGAGCCUCUUGUAAAUUACAACCAGGAUGCUUAUAGGCUGCAGUUGAAGCUUUUUCUCUCUGAGGUGAGGCAGCAAGAGUUGUUAGUUGGUGCUCGAACCUUCCUUAAAGUUUACUCAACUAUAUCACUUGGGAAGCUUGCUAAUUACUUGGAUGUGGAUGAAUCCACGUUAAGGAUGAUAUUGAUCACAUACAAGCACAAGACUCAUGCUGUUGAUUCUGCUGGAAAGAUUAUCUCCAAUGCUGAUGUUGACUUCUACAUUGAUGAUGACAUGGUACGUGUUGUGGACUCAAAACCAGUGAAGCGAUAUGGCGAUUUCUUCUUGCGGCAAAUUGUAAAGCUUGAAGGAGUGAUCAAUGACGUGGAUCGGAUAAAGGUGAUGGUUGCUUACCGUGAUGACCCAAGUCCUUCCAAACUCAAUUUGGGAAUUGGGGUUUACCGAACUGAGGAAGGGAAGCCUCAUCUACUAAAUGUAGUUAGCAAAGCAGAGAAGUUGCUCCUCAAUGACAAGUCUGCCUCUAAGGAAUACCUACCCAUCACUGGAUUGUCAGAGUUCAACCAACUAAGUGCACGACUUGUGCUUGGUCAUGAUAGUUUUGCUAUCAAAGAGAAGAGGGUGUGCACGGUUCAGUGCUUGUCUGGUAGUGGCUCCCUGAGGAUUGGAGCUGAACUCUUGGCAAGAUUUCACCAUCAACACGUUGUUUACCUCUCCCAACCUACUUAUGGCAACCAUAUGAACUUCUUCAUAGCUGCAGGAAUAACUGUGAAGUAUUAUCGGUACUAUGAUGAAACAACCAAAGGGCUGGACUUUCAAGGAUUAUUGGAGGACCUUGGUUCAGCAGAAUCAGGGGCCAUUGUGCUUCUCCAGGCAUCUAGUCAUAAUCCUACUGGUGUAGAUCCUACUGUCGAACAGUGGGAGCAAAUCAGGCAGCUGAUCAGGCAGAGAGGACUUGUACCUUUCUUCGAUUGUGCAUAUCAGGGUUUUGUUACUGGAAAUCUGGAAGAGGAUGCUCAAUCUAUUCGGAUGUUUGUAGCAGAUGGAGGCGAAUGUCUCAUAGCUCAAUCUUAUUCAAAGAUUAUGGGGCUCUAUGGGGAGCGUGUUGGUGCACUUAAUGUUGUGUGCAAGGCAGAAGAUGUAGCAUGCCGGGUUGAGAGCCAACUUAAACUUAUAAUCAGACCCAUGUACUCAAAUCCACCAAUCCAUGGGGCAGCAAUCGUAGCAACAAUCCUGAGGGACAGGGAAAUGUAUGAUGAAUGGACCGCUGAGUUGAAGGCGAUGAUUGUUCGAAUCGUCAACCUUCGUCACCAACUUUAUGAUGCCCUAUGUGAAAGAGGAACUCCUGGGGAUUGGAAGCACAUUGUGAAUCAGGUUGGAAUGUUCACCUUCUCGGGACUUAAUGAAGAUCAAGUUUCCUUUCUGACCAAACAUUACCACAUCUACAUGUCGUCUGACGGGAGGAUAAACAUGGCAGGCCUUAGCAGCAAGACAGUUCCUUACCUUGCCAAUGCAAUACAUGAAGCCCUAGCUUCCGUUCCAUGA